UUUCGAUUCACAACAUUCUUCCACAACAUGGCCAUGGAUCUAGCUAGUCCUGAACCAGAGGAUGGACCAAGAAGAGGUGGGCGAGUGAGGAAGACAGUGGAGAGGUAUAAUCCGCCAGCUAGAGCGGCAGAGCAGGAAGGCGAGGAUGAACAAGACGAGAGCGAUCUAUCGGAUGAGGAGCCCACACGACAGCCUGGCAAGAAGCGAAUGUCGAAUGGCAGACCGAAAAAGCUCGCCAAGCCAAAGAAGAAGGACGUAGGCGAGGAGAUACCAGUGGAGCCUGUCGAUGGGUUCAAGAACGACUCUGCACUGUUCAAUGCCCUCCUAUCGCCUGAUAUCGCGCUUCAACAGGUAGUCGAUGAUUGGGUCGAGACUUAUCAGCAGACGGAGAAUGAUGAAGUGUCAGAGAAGGCAAGCAUGCAAGAAAUGGUGCUGUUCUUCGUCCGAUGCUGUGGUCUGAGCGCAAACGUCGAUGAGGACGAGGCGAUGGACGAGGAUGAUAUCAUCGGGACGAUUGAGAGGAUACAGGAUGAGAGUGUACAUCGCACCGCUGCUGUCUACCCGCUCGUUUCAAAGACUAAGAACCUGCGUCCCUUCCGAAACAAUCUGAACAACCUCGUCCACCGGUUGAUCAAGACCCUUGCACUCACACCCUGCCUCUACGAGACGUCGACUGCCAAGGGCGCUCGCUCCGCUGCCAUACUACCCCUGCUCCUGAGCUGGCUCCACUCCAUGUCCUCCUCGCCCCUCCGGCCCAUUCGACAUACCUCGACGUAUAUCACUUUAAAGAUGAUCUCGGCCCUGGCCGAAGUGGCAUCAGAAAUCAGCCAAGAUCUAAGCGUCAAGCAGAGACAGCGUGACGUCGAGGUUCAAAAAGGCGGCAAAGGUCCAGCGGCUUUGAAAAGGGUCAAGACGUUGGAGGAGAAGGUAAAUGAGGCAGGAACGAAGAAGGCGGCCCUGGAUGCUGCAUUGAAUGAUUCCUUCGAUACGCUCUUUGUGCAUCGCGUGCGAGACGCCGAUCCGGCGAUCCGCAAAGACUGCCUUCGAGAGCUAGGCGUCUGGAUCAAAAAGUACGAAGAGUUCUAUGUCACCAGAACACAUUUGCAAUACUUAUCCAAAAGCCUCAAUGAUCCUGAUGCCCAUGCACGAGUCGAAGCUGUGAAAGCUGCCUCCAACUUGUUCUCUGGUGACCAACAAUCUCCUGGUGCCAGGGAUUUCUUGUCUCGACUCGCUCCAAGACUGGUCGAGAUCGCUUUGCGAGAUGUCGAUCUCUCCGUGCGUGUCAACGCAAUCUCGUUGAUCACUCAAAUCGACCAGACUGGCAUGCUGGCGGAUCCACAAGAGCAUACUCAACGCACAGCUGAAGACCCGCGUCAGCGCGUUGCUCGGUUAAUGUUCAACCAUGAACCUCGGAUUCGCAAAGCGAUCGGAGGCUUUGUACGUGGUCUCUAUGAGGAGGACGUGCAAAAACUUCAGACACAGUGGGCAGGAGCGAAGCAGGGCAAGAAGAAGCGGAGCGCAGCCGAGGACGACAUAAUGGAACGGCUUCGGUACAAGGCGCUCGCAGCUCUCCUUGUGGGCGUUUCUCGAUCGCUGGAGGAGAGUGAUGUGGGUUCGUCGCGUCAGGGUGCCGAGAGCAACACGAUGGCUUCGUGGGCCAAAGCCGCGGUGGAGUCGCUCAGAAAUGAUUUCGAGGAGCUCCAGGAGUGGCACAAGCUCGCAGAGUAUCUCUUGCUCGACCAUUCGCAGAAUGAGGAGUCGUGGCUGAUGGAAGACGACGAGGAGACGAUGAUGCUGCAUGUCUUGGUGGAGAGUGUGAAGCAGGACGAUUCGGAUGGCGACGACCUGACCAAGACGCUGAUCGAUGUGGUUCCGAGACUCUUCACCAAGCACCAAGCCGAUUCAGAUCGGAUAUCUGGUAUCUUGACCCUGGUAAAGCACAUGAAACUGUCUGUCUACGCGGAAAUGCGCAAGAUGACGGCCUAUGAGAGUCUCUGGGAUGAUGUCAUCAAGCAAUUCCUCCAGCACACUGACGAGGAUGUUCUGAAGAAUGCCGCCGCGGCCAUUGAUCAUCUUGCAUCCGAGGAUUCGACAGCGAAUACCAACUCGACCAAGCUUGUCGAGCUCGAAGACAACCUGUUCGCGUCUUUGCGAGAAACAAUCAAUGGGGAGGAGGUUUUCAGCAUGACAUUGGAGGACGACCAAUUGAUCACACUCCAAGCCAUCUUAUUGCGCAUCAAGCUGCUGCAAAAGACAGUUGACAUCUCUGACGCUUUUGAGAGUGAGGAGGGUGGACAGAGCUCGGUGUGGGAGAUCGUACUGGCGUUUGCGGAGCGAGGAGAGGUCGGGUACAAGGCAGAGUCGAUGCUUGUCGAGCAGGCGAUUCGGGUCAUUCUCUUCCACAUUGCCCGUUUGUUGAAAAACCUUACGAAAAGCGAGGACGCUUCGAAGCUCGAGUCGGUGAAUGUCAAGAUCAAUCGAGCGGUCAAGAUGUACGACAGGUUGGCCCUGAUGCCGGGCAAUGCCUCGGACAGUGUUCGUCAAAAGGCUUUCAGGUCGUUUCUCGAACUCCACACUAUGUGCCGAACGCCUGCGGCAGCUGCGUGCACCCUGACAAUGAACUCCGAGGUGCAGAAUCGUGUUGGUCAAAGUUUUGGCCAGAUCGCCGAGGCGUUCAUCUCUGAUCAGGGGGAGACUGAUGACUCGCGAGCACUGAACGAGAAUCUCUUUCUCAAAGUUGCCGCAAGUUUUGUCGGGGCUGUUCAAUGUGGCGUGUUGGACAUUGAUCACGCCAAAGACCCGUUGGCUCUGUUUGGACGAUGUGGUCCGACCUAUGACGCCGUCACCAAAAAGUUGGCCGAAGUGCUUCGUGACGAGGGCAUUUAUAACAAGCAAGCGGAUCUGGUUCAGCAUGUGGCGGAUUCAGCGUUGAAAGCGUCAUUCACGACAUUUCUGGAAGGCGACGACGAAGAGCCCACCGCCACGGUGGCUCUCGCCAAGACCAUCGCCUCUUCCUUCAUCGUUCAUGGCACCCACUUCACCGUCCUGCGCCAGAUCCAUCCCAACGAUGUGUGCGACAUGCACCGAUCCUGUCUGGAUUUCAUCUCUCGUCGCUUGGCCAACUAUCACCGACAACUCAAGUCGGGCAAUCGAAAGUCUGGCUUAAAUCAAGAUCAUGCGCAGCGGAAAUUCAAUCAAUGUCUGGCAUUCUUCAAGGUUCUUGUUCACCUGCUCGGGCCGAUCACGGGGACUGGCGCCGUCAGCAUUCGUAAGGAGAUGGAAGAGAUUUGGAAGACGACGGGUAUGAGGCCUGGCAAUGCCAAGGCGUGGGACAGCUGGCGAGCAUAUGACAAGCGUUUGGUCAACAUUGCGUCAAAGGAUCCCAAUGUCAAAAUGAUGGUGACGCAGAAGGCUGUCGAGGACGAGGACAGUGCAGAGAGCUCGGAACAUGAGGAGGAGGCGACGGAAGCGGCCGAAGAAGACGAAGUGGCGCUGGAGUCUGAGGCGUCUGGACCGAAGUCAUCGACGCCGCUCAAGAGAUCGCGACAGAAUCUCAGUCGGGACCCAGUUGAGGCCGAAGAAGAAGAGGUGGAGGAGCCGGAGGAGCCGAUUGAGAGGUCACCGGAGCCGUUUGCUGAUGUUGAGAUGAAUCUCAACGUGGAGGAGGUGGAACCUGAUGAGGGGAGGUCGGGCAAAGCUCAGAACGGUUCCGAGCCGAAGAAACGCAAGGUCAGGAGGUAGAUAAGGAUGGACAUGUUGUAUAUACUUAUUUUUUGUUUCUAUAAGAGCUUAUGAUGCCUUCAUGCAUGGGUGCUCCAGGUC